UGCUUGGCAAGGACCUGGUGGUGAGCAACGACUUCGGCGCCACCCACAUCCCUUACCUCAUGCUCCAUUGGUGGUGCUGGCUGGAUGGGGCUUGUCUACACUGGUGCCACCUUUGACUUCAACUUUGAAAAUGCUAAUCAAUUCGUCAACAUGUCAUACAAGACUAACACAAAAUUCAUGACAAGAAAUGACUACUAUUUUUUGAAGCACACACUCACCCAGACACCUGACAGAAUUGAGACGACCAAGGGUGAGAGGGAGAGCCUGGAGUCCCUGCCUGACCCCACCACAAACAUUCAUGGGGACUUCUACUGGGACACAGACUCAAAGGAACUCACGUACAUGGUGUCGCACAGUAAAAAGACUACAAAAAGGCAUGGCAACAUGGUCUUUGAUGACCGGGUUCCUGGUCAAUCAAGGCAGAUCAGUUUCAGUGUGUAUAAGUGUCAGCACAAAGGAUGUUCUGCGCCUGACCCUAGACCAGUCCCCACAACACAUCCAGACGCACCUUUCCGCUGGUCUGAUGUGGAGACGUGGAAGCAUAUGCCAGUCAGUACUGGUGGCCACCCAACAGAGGCAGAAUACAGCCUGCCCGUGGAGGGAGAUGAGAUUGUGAUUCCUGAGAGCAUGUGGCUCGUUGUGGACACGGCCACACCCAAGCUUGGCCGUGUCUUUGUGUAUGGCACCAUUGAGUUUGAUGACACGAUGGACCACAGAUUUGAGGCCACCAUUAUUUACAUCCAGGGAGGCUCUUUAGUGGCUGGCUACUCCUCAGACACUCCCUUCACCCACAGUCUCAUCAUUCGCCUGAUGGACCCUGAAGAUGUUGAUGCCUAUAGCAUGAACCUGGGCUGGAAAACUAUAGGUGUGUUUGGCUAUCUCAGGCUGCAUGGGCAGGUGUGGGGGAGAUCAUGGCACAAGCUUGGGGCCACAGUGGAGGUUGGGACCAGCCACAUAACUCUGGCCGAGGCUCCUGAUGCUUCCUGGCUCAAUAAGGAGGUGGUUGUGACAACAACAGGAAAAGAGGCAACAGAGAGCGAAGUGAGGCGAGUGGUAGCAAUCAAUGGUGCCACACUCACCCUAGACUCAGCACUCAAAUUCCAGCACCUUGGGGAGAUACACACGCUGUCAGACGGCACUUCCAUCACACUGGCUGGGGAGGUCGGUCUCCUGAGCCAGAACAUUGCGGUGGAAGGAAUCACGGAGAACAGCAACGGGGGAAGAAUUCUGGUCUCCACAGUCUUCCAGAAUGGCAAGCAUUAUGUUGGUUCGGCCCAAGUGGAUGGCGUGGAGUUCCGUAACAUGGGGCAGGAAGGCUUCACCGACAUCACUGACCCACGCUACUCCAUUGCCUUCCUGGGCCUUGGUGCCAUUGAUGACCAUUCUAGCUACGUCAAGAGGUCAUCAUUCAAUGUCAACUAUAAUGUGGCUGUUGGGCUCAUCAAGACCUUGAACAUGGUAGUGGAGGAGAACGUUAUCUAUCAUGUGCUGGAUUCAGGUGUGUGUAUUUACCUAGUUGUAUAGUA